AUGAUCGACCCGUACACGCAGAACGUCUACUUCCACUACGCCAAUGGCACCUCGUUCCCCGUGCCGAUCGGCAUGCUGGACGAGUUCGUCCAGUACAAUGUGCGCGUCUGUAUCAACUAUGGUUCCCAGCUGGGCGCUUCCAUCGUGCUGCUGGUCAUUUUGUUGCUGUUAACCCGGCCCGAGAAACGUAGCUCCGCAGUGUUCCUGCUGAACGGCCUAGCGCUGAUAUUCAACAUCCUUCGUUUGCUCUUCGAGACGAUUCACUUCUCGACCGGCUUCGAGAAGGUCUAUCCCUACUUCUCCUAUGACUACUCUGCCGUCCCACCCAGCGCAUACGCCAUUGCUAUCAUCUCCGUCGUCUUCGAGACGUUGCUGGUGAUCUGUGUUCAGGUUUCGCUGGUCAUGCAAGUCCAGGUCGUGUGCGCGACUUUGCGCCGUCGCUACCGCCGUGCUCUUCUGGGCGUGUCGAUUCUGAUGGCACUGGUGCCGAUUGGAUUCCGCAUUGGAUGGAUGGUCGAGAACUCGGUGUACAUUAUGAUGGCAGCCAGCACCGCACCAGUCUGGUGGUUGGAGAGCGCGACCAACAUCGUCAUCACGAUCAGCAUCUGCUUCUUCUGCGCGGUGUUUGUCACCAAGCUGGGCUACGCUAUCAAGCAGCGUAACCGCCUGGGCGUGCGUGAUUUCGGGCCCAUGAAGGCCAUUUUCGUCAUGGGCUGCCAGACCCUCGCGGUGCCGGCCAUCUUCUCGAUCCUGCAAUACGCCAUCACCGUCCCUGAGCUGUCCUCCAACGUCCUCACCCUCGUCACCAUUUCACUUCCUCUUUCCUCAAUCUGGGCCGGUGCUACCCUCGACCAUCAUAGUCGCCGCACGGGCAAUCAUCACCAUGGCCGUCGCAACCUGUGGCAGGCUCUGGCAUUUGGUGUUACCGCCCACACGAACACGACCGCCACUACCGUGCCCCGCAAACUCACGGAAUCGGAUAGGUCCGGCAGCACCGCGACGCAGACCCUGUGCUACUCGGACCAGCCGUUGAGCGCCAAGUCGGCGGAUUCAGAGAUCCAGUAUGGGAUUGCUGUUGAGCAUGACAUCUCGAUUGAGAGCGUUCGCAGGAACCAUGAUGUGGUUUGA